AAAAAAAAAAAAAAAAGAAAAGUAAGAGACAAGAAUGGAACCCAAGAGGGUACGUCUUUUCUUCUCCAUAGCUGUUCUUCUACUAAUUGUGCUCAACACAAAUGUUGAAAGAGCUGAUUGUGCAGAGAUGAAGAAAAGAAGCUCUAGGUGCAAUGGAACCAUCGCAGACUGCAUUGAAGAAGACGACCAAGAGUUCCUAAUGGAGUCUGAAGUGAGCAGAAGGAUUCUUCAAUCCAACAGUCAACUUAGUGCACGCAACUCUCUCCAAAGAGGAUCACCUGUAUGUGAUACAGAUCAGUACGGCGAUUGCAUACCUCGUCGGAUCAACGAUCACAGCAGAUCCUGUAGCUAUGAUAAUCGAUGCAAACGUGGUCCUCCAUCAUGAUCCUACGACUACUGGGAUAAAAUUUCUCCCAUGAAGCUAUCAUUAUUCUAUGUGGUUUCUUUUUCAUCCUUUUUUUUUCUCCUUUUCUCUGCAACCUUUAUAUGAUUCUAGCUCUGGGUGUAUGUAAAAAUAAUGUAAUGAAAUGUCAUGAAUAUCAAGUGUAUGUCUAUGUUUCUUGCUUCAUUCCAUGUAGAAAUUUACUGGUCUCUACCUUCUUCUUCUUCUUCUUUUUUAAAAUCAGCUUUAGUAUGAAUCUAACCUUAGGUUCAGUAUAAUUUCUACUUUUGGGUUCAUACAGAAAACCCUAGUGUUGAAUUCAGAGAGAAACUACAAAUUGAACAAAUUUGUCUUUGGUAGCCUUAAAUGUAUACAGUUUUAUUCCGUAAAUAGAGAGAUUGUUUCCG